GAAGCACGCGUUUCGCUCGUGGGAGAAGUCGAGUAUCAUUCGAUUCGUUUUUUUGGGGAAAGUGAUAAGUGAUUAAUUUAUUUUCUCGAGUAGAUGAAGAUGUUGGCGUUUGUGAAUAAGAAGUGAAUUUAACAAAAUUUUAAAAAUAAAUCAAAUAAUUGUUUCAAAUUACCUUGGGAAGAAACGAAAAAAAAUCCAGUGAUUUUGUGGCACUGCAAGUGCGCGGGUGUAUAAAAAGUCACCAUAUCGUCGCCGAAUAAUCCUCAUUUAUAUUCAGCUCGCUAGUUUGGCCGACGUGACGGCACUGCAAAUUGGAAGAAAUUUUUCUCUAUUAUAUACCAAAGUGCUGUGCUGUGCUGUACAAUAUCUGGAAAUAUAAAGACCGAACAAGUGUAUGUACCCGGCUGGAGGAGAUUCAUGAUGGAAGCUCGCGCAGGGGCGUGAUUUAAUUCUGGCCACCAUAGCCAUUCCAUUACGUGGAACCUAGAUCCGUGUGUUCCUCCACGUAAAGCUUUGGAAAGGUGCAAAAGAUUCCCGGAGUUACCGAAGGUGGUCGGUCUAAGGUCACGACGGCCAUACUUCAAAGAAUCCCGAAAGGCCCGGACCGGCAGUGGAACCCUGUGAUCAACGAUUUUCAAUCCAACUCGUGCGUGGCAGUGAAAUUGUCCGGACCGGCUUGGAAUCGUGGAGUUGGAGUUUGAGUUGAGGAGAAAUAAAAAUUACACCAUGAACACGCUGUACCUCGUGUACGUGCCACAUACGGUCGAGUACACACCUGCUGUCCAGUUUUCUACGCUCGAGUAUGCCACGGUGGAAGUCGUUAGCGACGUCCGAGUUCCGCCGGAUGGUGCUGUUGCUUCGCCGCUGAACCUGCUGCUGGACGAUGAGCCGAUGGCCGGGAAUGCGGUUCUGCAGCAGCUGAAGGUUGCGAAACGACCCGCGGACUUGGCCUUUGGAGAAGACGCGUUGGAAGUUACGAUGGAACGGGAGGAUAGCUGGAGUGACAGGGACAGCUUUAGCUUGUCGAUUGAGACCACCCCCACCUCUUCACCCCACUUCCACCUCCGCGAGUCUUCACCUCCUCUGGUGGAACCCUUCGCAUGCUUGGAUCGCGUGCCGCUAAAAAUCAUCCAGGACCAGGACUCGCUCCUUGCGGACGACGACUCGCGGACAUCCAGCAUCGACGAGGGUAUCGGCCUCAGCACGACGGACGAUUCCGGCGACGAUCUCAACAACAACAGUCAUAACCAAGACAACUGUCGGGAAGAAGAAGAUGAAGAAGGAGAUGGGGCCGAAAAGGACAUUAAUUCAGCGCUUAUCAAGAGCAAGAAAAAGCGGAAGACUAGUGGCAAUAAAUCAUACCAGUGUGAAAUUUGUGAGGAGAUUUUCGGGAAGAAAAAGCUGCUCCGAGAGCAUCUGGACCGGCGGCAUCCGGGGCAGGUUCUGUCCUCGCACCGUUGUGGAAUAUGUUUCAAGUCUUUCAAGCUGAGGUCCAACUUGAGGCAGCACGUGAGGAUUCAUACGGGGGAGAGGCCUUUUCGGUGCGACAUCUGUGGGAAAACUUUUGUCCAGGGCAGUGCGUUGACCGUCCAUAAGGAGUUGCACAAGGAGCGGAAGGAGUACAGCUGCGGGGUGUGUAAGAAGGACUUCAAGUCCAAGUUUGCGUUUAAGAAGCACGAGAAGGUGCACAGCGGCCUACGUCCGUUUAUCUGUGAUGUCUGUGGGAAGUCUUUUACCCAGAGUUGUAAUUUGAAGGCGCACUUGCAACUGCACAGUGGAAACCACGCGUUCAAGUGUGGCACGUGCUUCAAGACGUUUCGAUUUAAAUCGCAUUACGAAGACCACCUGAUGACCCACACCAAAGAGAAAAAAUACUCCUGCGGCAAGUGCGGCCGGAACUUUGCCUACAAAAACUCCUACCAGCGGCACAUGCAGCAUAUCCACCGAAUCGACGGCGACGACGACGACGGCCGGUCCCAGCAGCACCAAUGUGGAGUUUGCGGUAAAACUUUUCCCAAAUUAAGCCACCUUACGUUCCACAAAAAGGCAUCCCACCGCAAGGGCAGCUCGUUAAUCUGUGAAAUUUGCGGUUUGGUGUUCCAGAAGGAGGCCACCUUGGUCCGCCACAACGACACCGUUCACGGUUGUUCCUCCGCAUCCUCCUCCUCACCACUUCCCAGCCAAAGACUGUUUAAAUGUGUCAUCUGCAGCAAAUCCUUCGACGAGGAGUGCCAACUGACGACGCACUUUAAGCUGCACGAAGCCGACGACUGUCCCUUCCAGUGCGGGAUGUGUGGGAUCCUGAACCUGAACCAGGCGUAGUAAUUAGGGUCGCCCGGGAACUUUAUGCACUCCCAGAUAAGACAAAAGGAAAGUGUUGUGAUAUGUGUAAAUACAUUAAAGGGAUACAACCAUUUAGAUUAGGAUAAGAUUAUUUUUAAUUAUGCGUUCCCUCGCAAAGAUCCCAACUGAAGGUGGAGCGAAGAAGAGCGGGCAGAACCGAAAGGAAAGGAUAAGGACCGUUUUCAAGCAGCAGGGCAAUAAUUUCAUAAAUUCAAAAUUACAAUAAAGAACGUAUUAGUCAUAUCCUCUAAUAACCG